AACGUGAGAAGUUCAGAGGUAACUUUCCCUCACAAGGGAAAAUCAUGAAUCAUGAGCCAAGUACUCCACUGGCAAAAGCGCGGAUCUUAAAUUUUGAAUGAAUGAACCGAAUGAACAUAAAUAUAAAAUGUAAGUUGCAUAUGGCAACCCUUGCUUGUACGACGCGACGUUGCUCCAGUAUUGAAAUAUUCUAACCCUAUUUCUUUUAUUAAUUUAUAUUUUACUGGGUGCAAAUAAGAUAUUAAUUUAUAAGUGUCAAUAAACAAUUUAAACACAUUUUAUAUAAUACUGUAGCAAUUAAAAAACCGCGAAUACCAAUAAUAUGGCGUCGACAGAAGGUCGUGGAAUUCAGUCAAACUUGCAUCAGCAAGAUUUAUCUAAAUUGGAUGUCACAAAAUUAUCAGCUUUGUCGCCUGAAGUUAUUUCACGACAAGCAACUAUCAACAUUGGCACUAUUGGUCAUGUAGCUCAUGGAAAAUCAACUGUUGUAAAGGCAAUUUCAGGAGUUCAGACAGUUAGAUUCAAAAACGAACUGGAAAGAAAUAUUACCAUUAAAUUAGAGCCCCUGUCUGAAUCAGUUGUGAAAAUGUAUCGUGAAAGGGCAGAUGAAAAGGAUGAAACAAGUUUUCAUGAAAAGUUAAGAAGAUGCAAGAAAAGGAAUUUGUCAAUUGAAUCAGAAGAAGACAACCCACCCAUUGUAAAAAAACGAAAGAAAGAAAUAAACACUCAGGAAUUUAUCAUUGAAAAAAUACUUGAUUUCAAAUAUGAAUCUGGUGAAAAUUAUUUUUUUGUUAAAUGGAAAGGAUGGCCUGAUAGUGAAAACACUUGGGAGCCAAUUGAACAUCUUGAUAAUUGCCCAAAAGUAUUAAAUGAAUUUUUAGCAAAUGAAGAAUUGAAACAUUUCAAUAAAUUAGAACAGCUUAAAAAUGAAAUUUCAUUUGGAAAUCUUUUAUCUGAAGAAACCCUUAUUGGCAGAAUAGAUGAAGUGGAAGAAAUUGAUAUUUCUAAUUUGAAAUCCUCACUACUGAUAAAAUUAUUGUCAAUGAUGUGUCUCACCCAAAAGGAUGAAUGUCAUGCACUCGAACUUGUGCAAAAUGCAAGAACUCUUUUACAAAUGUAUGUAUUAACAAGAAAAAGGUGUCGUCAAUUAAUGAAAUUGAAGGAUUGGGAAAAACAUUUAAAUCACAUAGACAAAUCCAAGAAACUAACAGUAGAAAAUAAUGUAGAUCUUGAUGGUCCACCAGAAAAUUUUACAUAUAUUAGUCAAUCUAUUCCUGGGGCAGGGGUUACAAUUCCUAAUGAACCACCUAUUGGUUGUGAUUGUAUUGCUUGUAAUUGUCGUUCUAAAUCAUGUUGUGGUAUGCAGGGAGGUAUAUUUGCUUAUACAACAAAAAAACGUUUAAGGGUUGCACCUGGAACUCCAAUAUAUGAAUGCAAUAAAGCAUGCAAGUGCUCUGAGGAUUGUUGUAAUCGAGUUGUACAAAAUGGGCGAAGUUUAAAACUUUGUAUAUUUCGUACAUCUAAUGGGUGUGGUUGGGGAGUAAAAACAGAUCAAGCUAUUAAAAAAGGUCAAUUUCUUUGCCAAUAUGUUGGUGAAGUUAUAACAUUUGAAGAAGCAGAAAAACGGGGCAGAGAAUAUGAUGCUAGAGGACUAACUUACUUGUUUGAUUUAGACUUUAAUUCUGUUGAAAAUCCUUAUGUAGUUGAUGCAGCACAUUUAGGUAAUGUGUCACAUUUUAUUAAUCACUCAUGUGAACCAAAUCUGGGAGUUUGGGCCGUAUGGGCUGAUUGCCUGGAUCCCAAUCUACCAAUGUUGGCAUUGUUUGCAACUCGGGACAUUGAAGCUGGUGAAGAACUCUGUUUUGACUAUUUGCAAAAAUCAUUUGAUACUGAUGAUAAAGGAACGACUGUUUCCACUCAAAGCCAAGAAAUAACUGAUGAAGCAGAAAAUAAUGUUCCAAAUGGAUCAGAAGGAGGUUUGGCUACAUCCCCAACAUCACCUAUGAAAUCUAGAUUUGAAAUUCAGCAGCCAAAUAUAGCUAUGCUUAGAAAUCGCACUGAAUGCAAGUGUGGAGCAAUAAAAUGUCGGAAGUACUUAUUUUGAGCUGUAUUCUUCACAUUUGUAUUAAUUCCCUAGUGAUACAUUUAUUAAUAUUAUGUUUAUAAUGUGUAAUUUUUUUAUAGUUUUAUGAUAAGUUGUUAUAAUAAUUAUUGCACAAAUAUGAAAUAAGAAUUAAGAGUAGUUUGAC